AUGCCUAAGAAAGGAGGAAAGAAGGCCAAGGGAAAGGGAAAGGGCGGCUCCGGUGCCGCCGCUGCGAAGAAGGCCACCGAUGUUCAGAACCCGGUGACUCCUGCCCAGGAGGUCGAAGAAACCGUCACCAAGGACGAGGUUGAACCCACCACCGCGACCACCGAAGCGGGCGACGCCGCAACGGCCGCCCCUGCCACCACCGUUCCUGAGGCUUCCACCGAGACCACUGCUGCGCCGGCCCAAUCCGUCGAGGAGACCCCUGCGACCACCGCGGAGGAGGUGAAGGACAAGGUUGAGUCGUUGAAGAGCACCGAACCUGUCACCACCGCCACCGAACCCACCAAGGAGUCUGCCCCCUCCGCUGCCGCCACGACGCUCCCGGAGCGCACCAAGGUCCCCGGUCUCGAUGCUGCCACCGUCGAUACCACCGAUGCUCACAGUGUCCCAGGGGCCAAUACCACCGCGCCCACCGCAAAGUCCACCAGCGCCACUACCGGGGAAGCUUCUGCCACCGCACCGACGACCGCUCCCACCGCUGCUGCCGCCAACGUUGCAGAGCCCACCGGUCCCAAGUCGCAGGUUCCUGAGAUGACUGCUCCUACCGCCGCCGCCAGCAAGGUCGAGGCCCCCGAAAAGGCCACGCCCGUGGCCCCUAAGACGCAGGAAACUCCGGCUGUGACUAAGGAUGUCAGCUCUGGCGCCGCCGCCACCACCACCGCUGCUGGAACCACCGAGACCACGGCUCCUGCCACGGAGAAGACCUCUCGGCCUACCACGGCGGAAUCCGCCGCUAAAGCUGCGGCGACAUCGACCGUGCCUGCUGGUACCGCCGCUCCAGCUGCUCCUGCGACCAAGGCGGAAGAGAGCAAGGUCUCCUCUUCAACCCAGCCCCAGGCUGCCCCUGCCGAGAAGUCGAAGCUCGAGCAGGGCGCGCCGGACAUCAAGCAGAAGCCCCAGGAAACUGUGGAUAAGACGGAAACCGCCGCAAAGGACAAGCUUCCGCAGUCUCAGUCCGCCAAGACGCAGGAACAGCAGAGCCCUGCUGCUGCUGCGGCAGCUGCAGCCGCCGCGAAGAAGCCGGAGGAGAUCGCGAAGCCCGCCGAGGCCAAGACUCGCGAGCCCCAGGCCGGACAGGAGCCUGUGCCCGAGACUGGCCCCGCGAAGUCGACCGAGGGCACGGCCGCCGACAAGACGCAGGAGGCGGCCAAGGCCGAGGCCGAAAAGGCCGACAAGCGGAAGAGCGGUGGAUUCUGGAGCAAGCUCAAGCGGAUGUUCAAGUAA